AGUUCAAUCUGAUCCGAUCCCCAAUCCCCAUUCAUAAUCUUCAUGAUCACUGGAACAUGAAGUAGUAUUUAUACUGAUCAAUCUGUGUGACAGAAACUCAGUCUAAAUCCUAUAUUCGAUUGUCACCUGACCCUCCCCUUUCCUCAGCCUAAUCUGUAUUCGAGAAAUUCAGAUUCUAUAGUGAUCAAAAUUUAAUAGCCAUGGCUACAAUUAGGAAACUUCCAACAGUAAACCUUAUGAGCAGAAACUUGAACCCAGGAACAAGUUAUUGGGUAUCAACAUGCAGUGAAAUCAGGCAAGCACUGGAAGAAUACGGUUGUUUUAUAGCUGUGUACGACAAGUUUUCUGAACAACUCCAUAACAAAGCAUUUGAUGUUAUUGAGCCUAUGUUUGAACUUCCUAAUGAAGUUAAAGCUCGAAAUUCAUCAAAUCUUCCUUACCAUGGAUAUUAUAAACCUGGUAAAGUUAUGCCUUUACUUGAAAGUUUAGGUAUCACUCAUCCACCCAUGCUUCAUCAGGUUCAGAGUUUCACUCAUCUCUUGUGGCCUAAUGGAAAUGACCUAUUUUGUGAAACCAUCCAUGAAUAUGCAAUGAUAGUAGCAGAGCUAGAACAGCUGGUAAUAAGGAUGGUGUUCGAGAGUUAUGGUGUUGAGAAGUACGAAAAGGCUCAGCUUGAGUCGACAUCAUACCUUCUAAGAAUGGCCAAAUACAGGGUACCCCUUAAGGAUGAAACCAAUAUAGGUGGACUUGAUCACACGGAUAAGAACUUCAUCACUAUACUUCAUCAAAAUGAUGUCAAUGGCUUGGAGGUUCAAACUAAGGAUGGUCAAUGGCUCACUUUCGAGUCUUCGCCUCAGUCUUUUGUUGUCAUGGCUGGAGAGCCCUUUUUGGCUUGGAGCAAUGAUAGAGUACAUGCACCCCUACAUAGAGUGACAAUCAAUGGAGACAAGCCAAGAUAUUCAAUAGCAUUAUUCUCCACAACCAAAGGUACUAUUCAAACACCACAAGAAAUGGUAGAUGAAGACCAUCCUUUAAAAUUCAACCCAUUUGAUUAUGAGGGUUUGCUUCGUUUUUAUACUGAAGAUGUUACUCGUAUGGCUGUUUGCUCCAUCAAAGACUAUUGUGGAAUUUAACAUCUUUCUUUUUUUUUUCUAUAAUUUAUGUUCUUGUUUUAAGAUAAGUUAAUUAUGUAUGUGGGUUUUAGAUAUCAAUAUUGAAGAAUAAGCAAGGGCGUUUCUAGGCCCUUUAAGUUGACCGUGUUGAUCGUCUUCAUAUAUUAACAAAUUCUUUAUAGCUUAUUGACCAAUCAUAGCUUAGUUAGUCAUGUGUCUUUCUGUAAUAUUGUUGAUUAAGAGUUAAAUAAGCAAAUUAAUUUUCUAAACAUUAAAAA